UGUUUUGGUGAUUUGUUUAUAUUAAUGUUUUUGAUUAUUUGGUGGCGGGAAUGGACGAUAACGAAGCUGGUCCUUCGAAUAUCUUUCGAAGCUUGUUAGGAGAAAUAUCAGAAGAACAAUGGGAGACGUAUAAGGAAAUUAAACGUGAGCAAAGUAAUUUGGUUUUAAGUGAUAGUGAAUAUGACAGCAGUGAUAAUGAAGCUAAUGAUGGAAAUGUGUCCCCGUGGCAUCAGUCAGAUAUUGAGAUGGAAUUGGAUGAAGCAAUUAUUGAAAAUAAACUUGAUAAAAAUGAUGGUGACAGUGAUGAGUGUGAUGAAAAUGAGACACAAUCUACUAGAAAGAUAGCAUCAGAAUUAACUGUUAAAUAUAUUAAUGGUGAAAUGACAUUCUCAGAGAUUACAGACAUUUUACAAAAGUCUGAAGAACAAGAUUCUGUUGCCGAAAAUGAAAAAGCUGUGGAAGCCAGUUCUGAAAAUGAGCCUAAACAAUCCAAAGAAACUGAUUUAGAUCUAGAUGAUGAUUUAACUCACAAAAAGAGGCGUAGAAGAAAAAAAUUACCAAAAGACUUAGAGGGACUCAUGGGAGCUGCAAAUUUGGCAUAUGCAAGAGGUUUUCAUGAUGAUGCUAUCAAAAUGUGUAUGGAAAUAAUAAAAUUUGAACCAUCUGCUCCAGAACCAUUUCAAACUUUGAGUAUGUUAUACGAGGAUAUGGGUGAUAUGGAGAAAUCUUUUCAGAGAAGAAAAAAAUUACCAAAAGACUUAGAGGGACUCAUGGGAGCUGCAAAUUUGGCAUAUGCAAGAGGUUUUCAUGAUGAUGCUAUCAAAAUGUGUAUGGAAAUAAUAAAAUUUGAACCAUCUGCUCCAGAACCAUUUCAAACUUUGAGUAUGUUAUACGAGGAUAUGGGUGAUAUGGAGAAAUCUUUUCAGUUUUCAUUGAUAGGUGCUUACCUUAAUCCUAGCGAUUCUGAUGAAUGGAAUAAACUAGCAGAAAUGGCUUUAGAACAAGGAAAAAUCAAAGAUGCAAUUACUUACUAUUCACAUGCUAUCAAAUACGAUUCUGAAAAUAUUCAUUAUUUGUGGGAAAGAUGCAAAUUAUAUGAACAGUUGGGAGAGAAGAAAAAAGCAUUAAGUGGUUAUGAAGCUAUUUUGAAGCAACUAAAACCUGAACAAGAACAACAAUAUGUUCAACUUUCAAGAGAAACUACAAAACAAUAUCAUGAGAUUGGAGAUGUAUCUUCUGCUAUUCAUGUAAUGGAACAAGCAUUCAAUAAAUGUUCAUCUCUAAUUACUUCAGAAGAUGUGAAUUUUUUGUUAGAAUUGCAGAUUAGUCAGCAAAAAUACUUUGAUGCUAUAAAUCAAUAUCAUGAGAUUGGAGAUGUAUCUUCUGCUAUUCAUGUAAUGGAACAAGCAUUCAAUAAAUGUUCAUCUCUAAUUACUUCAGAAGAUGUGAAUUUUUUGUUAGAAUUGCAGAUUAGUCAGCAAAAAUACUUUGAUGCUAUAAAUAUAUUAAGAAAACAUUGUGGUGUUACACUAAUAUCAAAAACAACUAAUAAAGAAGUAUCUUUGGAAGAUGGGCUUCAAGAUGUUGAAUACUGUAAUGUUCCAGAUGUUUUGCCAAUUGACCUUCAAAUUAAGUUGGUAGUUUGUUUGAUACAUAGUAAAGGAUUGCAUCUAGUUCCAGCAUUAACAGAGCCAUUAAAACAAGAAAAUCCAGAAGAAGUAGGUGAUCUUUAUUUAGAUAUUGCAGAAGCAUACAUGCAAGCCAAAGAAUAUGCUCAUGCCAUUCCAAUAUUAUCUCUUCUUGUUAAUUCUGAAAAUUAUAACAUGGCAGCUGUCUGGCUUAGAUAUGGAGAGUGUCUUAAUGCUGUUAAUGAAAAAGAAAAAGCAACUGAAGUCUACAAAAAAGUAGUAGAAAUGGCACCUUGUCAUAUAGGUGCUAGGUUUUCACUUUCAAAUCUAUUAAAACAAUCUGGUAAAACACAAGAAGCUAUUACUGCAUUAAAACAAUGUUAUGAAGAAGGUCAGAAAGAUGUUGCAAUUUUUUUUGAUGUGUUUUAUCAUUGUUUUGUUUUUUCAUUUCACAGCUGUAAUGUUCCAGAUGUUUUGCCAAUUGACCUUCAAAUUAAGUUGGUAGUUUGUUUGAUACAUAGUAAAGGAUUGCAUCUAGUUCCAGCAUUAACAGAGCCAUUAAAACAAGAAAAUCCAGAAGAAGUAGGUGAUCUUUAUUUAGAUAUUGCAGAAGCAUACAUGCAAGCCAAAGAAUAUGCUCAUGCCAUUCCAAUAUUAUCUCUUCUUGUUAAUUCUGAAAAUUAUAACAUGGCAGCUGUCUGGCUUAGAUAUGGAGAGUGUCUUAAUGCUGUUAAUGAAAAAGAAAAAGCAACUGAAGUCUACAAAAAAGUAGUAGAAAUGGCACCUUGUCAUAUAGGUGCUAGGUUUUCACUUUCAAAUCUAUUAAAACAAUCUGGUAAAACACAAGAAGCUAUUACUGCAUUAAAACAAUGUUAUGAAGAAGGUCAGAAAGAUGUUGCAAUUGACUUGCAGUUAUUAAUGGAAAGAUGCAAUUUAUUGUAUUUGCAAAAGUCAUGGAAAGAAUAUAUAGAAUGCGGAAUGUUGGUUUUAUCAAGUCAUUUUUUUCCAGUUCAUAAACCUUCUGAAUAUUUUGCAAUUGCAUUUAAUCAAAGUCAUAAAAGAAGAAUUGAAUGUUUGAAAGAAAUUAGACAGGCAGAAGAUCCAUCUCAAAUUCCUCCUGAACCAAAGUUUACUGAAUCUAAAAUAACUCCAGAAGAAAUGUGGGAACUUUAUUUAAAUGUUUGGCAGAAAUUAUAUGAGCUAGGAAAAUAUAAGGAACUACAAGAAUGUGCAAUGAAAGCAUGCACCUCAUCUAUAUUUUUUAAAAUGAAUAAAAGCAAGGAAACAGAUUUUUUGGCAUUUUUAGCAUGUUACUAUAAUAGAUGUCCUAAAUAUGCAUAUUGCUUCAUUAAAGAUCUUGUUACCAAACAUAUAAACAAUAAUAAGCUAUGGAAUUUAUAUUCUCAAAUUGUCAUAAUGAAUAAGGAUACUCGACAUAAUCGUUUUUGUUUGAGGCUGUUGUGGAAAAAUCAAGAUCAUGUUCCUUUACAGUUUCUUAAUGGACAUUCGGCAAUGAUUGCAGGCACUUACAAACAUGCAUUAGGAGAAUACAUGCCAAUUUUAAAGACAACACCAGAAGAUCCAUAUGUGAUGUUUUGUAUUGGCUUAACAUUUGUCCAUUUGGCCUGCCAGAAAUUUGCAGAGAAACGGCAUUCACUGGUUAUUCAGAGCUGUGCAUUUCUGAUGCGAUAUUAUGAAUUGCGAGGAGAAUGUCAAGAGUCUCUGUAUAAUCUAGGAAGGGCCAUGCAUCAGUUAGGUCUGAACAGUGUCGCUUUACACUUCUACAAGAAAGCAUUGGCUUGUCCUCUUCCUAUUUCUGCAGACAAUCAGGUAAAAUUUGAACAACUGAUAAUAAUAAUAAACAUUUUUCCAUACUAAUUAGAAAAUUGUUUGCAGGAUAUUUUUGACUUGAGGCAUGAAAUUGCAUAUAAUAUGUGUUUGAUAUACCAAGCUAGUGGAGCAACUGCUUUAGCCCAAAUGUAUCUGCGUAGAUAUUGUAUAAUUUAAAAAUUUGUAUAUAAAAUUUUAUAUAAUAAACUACUAAAA